AAGGCUUACUUUAUUUGUUGAUGAGACACGUCCGGUGCAACACUUUCACAUUAUUUAGUAGCCAUUAAGAAACAUAAUCAUUUUACAGGGUUCAUAGUGUAAAUUGUGUUUUGUGUGUUUAUUAGUACAUCAAAACAAUUAGGCUGUAAUUAUUUCAAAUGUAGUCAUACAUCAAUUAGAGUCGCAAUCCCGGAUGUUAUUUUAUUUACAGGACAACACCCAGGGCAUAGUUUAUCAACUAAUCCUAUUUUAAAAUUCAUCAGUCUGGGAACUCCCCCUUGCUUCUGUCUGGCUCUCCUCCCCCUCCUCAUUCCUCUAUACUUCAGAAAUCUGAGCAGAUCCAGAGGAAAGUGAGUGUACAGUCUCCUGAUAGUCUCCUGGAGUAUGAAGGCCAGCCUGGUGCUACAUGUGUUUCUUGUGGGACUUUGCCAGGCUCAUCCUCCACCAGACAGGACGAAGCAGACAGAUGGGGUCCCCGUGUCCCAGCUCAGGAUGCUCUCGCUGGGACUGGCUCGCCUCCUGCAUGGGGUAGCGGAGACCGCUGCGCAGAUGGAGCGGCAGGCAGAGCACGUGUUGGCAGGGCUGGACCGAGCCACAAAUAGUCUAGAAAGUCUGCGCAAGCAAAGUUUACAAGCUGGACGGACUCACAAGCAGGUGAGGACGGACCUUCAGAUCUUCAGCGCGAAGGGGGACAGUCUGCAGAGAACGGUCAGAGACCUGCAGGAGAGGCUGGAGGACCUGGAGAAGGAGCAGGGAACCAUGCAGUACUGGACCAACUGGAUCCAUGACAAAGUGAGGAGCCUGACUCAGCCUGGUUCAGCAGCUCAGGCUCAGAUCAACACAAACUCUAUAAAGAAUAUCAUGGAUAAACAGGCCAAGUGGCUUGACAGCCUGACCUCUGAGGUGUCAGCGCGAGACAGACUGAUCAACAGGCGCCUGCGGCUCAUCAAGCAACUGGAAAAACGGGUAGACUAUCACUCCAGACAGUCAUCUGUUUAAUGGACAACAAGGAAAUAACUAGGUUCCCCCUAGGUUACUAUCCAUGACUGCUGUCAUUACUACUGCAGUAGUAGUACAGUAGCAGUUAGAGUUGUGGAUGCCGAGCACAGGGCAAUCUUUGAUUUCCACAGUGAAAUGGUUUAGGAAACUUUGUGUUUUGUAAUGUUGUCAAAAAGGUCAUUUUUGCUGUAGGAAAAUCAUCACCAACGUUUAUGAUAAUAUUCCGCUUGUAAAAGGUUUUCAGCUGAUAUAAACAUAAGAGGUGUCUACUGGUAAGUUCAAAUAGUCCAUUUUGUGACAUUUUUGGACUAUGAUUAAAAAUAUGUUUCUAAGCAAAAGCAAGUUCAACAAGCUGGUUUUCACAAACAACAUUUUUCCUUAAAAUGUUGCGAUGCAGUAGUUUUGGUUUGGAUCCUGCAUCCGUCAGUCAUAUUGUACAUUACUCCUACAGUUUCUGGACAAACAUUAUUGGCUUUGUAAAUUUCCCACGUGUUUGUGUGAGUUUGUUCAAAGUUUCUACCAGCUCAGAGGACAGACGUGUCCGAUGAGACCAGCUGCACCAACACAGUCACAAUAAACAACUGUGGAUCUACUAAAAAGAAAUAGUUUGUAAAUGCACAUUAAAAACCUAGUUAAUAACAAAAAAUGUAUUAUAGCUUAUCACAUACAACUACUGGGAAUGCCAUCAGUCCUCAACAGCAGAGCGGAGAGCAGAGGGUUGUGUUGUGGCUCUGACCGACACAAUAUUAUGGUUAGAGAUGGUGGUAAAAUGUUGUGUAAAGAUAACAUGUUCAUACACACCCAAAUAAACUGCAAUUGGUGUCAACCCACA